AUGAAGUCUAUGAGUGAUCCAGUUCAACGUACGGUUUACGAUGAUAUUCAUGGGUAUUCUCUGACAUUAAUUAAUCCGUUCGUAGAUGAUUCUACUCCAAAGGAUCAUAUUUUUUUCAAUGAGUUCAGCUACAUAGGUGUGUUAUGUAAUUGUACUUCAAAAUUCUUGAACAUGCUGCAAAAAUUAAAGAGUCAAUGUCGCUCUGAUGCUUUCAGGAUUGGGAUUAGCUUUAAGCGAUGUUUUCAUAAUGGCGAAUACCCGAUGGCAAAAAGGCAGUUAAACUUCUUGCAAAUUGGAGGUAAGUGUUCAUCUUCUUCAUUCAAUAUGAAGUUACUCAUGCGAUAUCUUGCUUACAAGUCGUCGAGGUGA